AUGGCUACACCAAACGUGUCGGUGGCAUCAGCCAGUCUCACGGCGUUUGCAGUGGGCACUGCUGCCUUCUGGGGAUACUUCCACCGCGCUGAGUGUCACAUGCACGCAUUCACAUAUUUGAACAGCUUCCUGGUGUCGUAUGUUGCUUUGGCAGUAUACCUCUGCAAAGUCAGUCUUCUGGACAUUCCCUCGGCUGCUGCUCUGUCGACGUCAGCGGCCGCAGCAUUCCUGGCUGGAGCAUAUGGCAAUUGCAUGAUCUUCCGCCUUUUUCUGAACCCAUUGAACAGUUUCCCCGGUCCAUAUUCCGCAAGGAUCUCUGACUUGUGGUUGUCGACCCAGCUAGGCAAUUCGGAUGGCUUCUACUGGCUGCAGAAGAUGCACAAGAAGCAUGGGAAGUUUCUACGCAUUGGCUCGAACAGCUUGUCGAUCAUCGAUCCUGACGCCAUGGAGCUGUCCUACGGGGCCAAGUCGAAGGUCACCAAGGCGAUCUGGUACGACAAUGACAAGCCUCUGACGAGUAUGCACACAUCCCGUGACCGAGGCCUCCACGACCGCCGACGACGUGUCUGGGCACCAGCAUUCUCCGAGAAAGCACUGCGGGACUAUGAGACUGAGAUUCAGAAGCUCAACACGAAGCUGGUCGAUCAAAUUGGAAAGCACAAUGGCAAGCCGGUUAACGUUACGAAGUGGUUCAACCUAUUCUCGUUCGACGCAAUGGGUCUGCUAGCUUUUGGUCGCGACUAUGGCAUGCUCGAUACAGGCGAGAAGCGACAUGAGCUGGAAAUGUUGGACGAGGGCAUGCAGCCAUUGGCAUACCGACUCCCAAGCUGGUUCUUCCGAAUGCUCACUAAGAUCCCUGGUCUUUCUGCCGGCUACCAGAAGUUCGUAAACUUCUGCAUCAACGAGCUGACAUGGAGGGUGAAGCAUGCUGAGGAAAAGAAGCGUGACACAGACAUCAUGGGCUGGCUCCUGAAGGCUUACAAGGAUGUCCCAAACCCAGAAGCCGACACUAUGCUCCAAGCCGAUGCGCGAUUGAUCAUUGUGGCGGGUAGCGACACUACAGCUGCGACGUUGACAUAUCUCUUCUUCCAUCUCGCAAGCAACCCUGACCAGGUCAGGAAGCUUCGGGGAGAGGUUGAUGCGAAGACUCAAGGAGAAUGGCAAGAGAGUGAUAUCCGUACCUGCAACCAUCUCAAUGGCUGCAUUAACGAGGCUCUGCGCUUACAUCCUCCCGUUCCAUCUGGCGUGAACCGUCUCACACCACCAGAGGGUAUGAAAGUCGGUGAUACCUGGGUACCUGGCAACGUCACUUUCAUCACACCACAAUAUGUCAUGGGACGAGACGAACGCAUCUACGCCGAAGCCGACUCCUUCGUCCCCGAACGCUGGUACUCACAAGAAGACAAGAUCAAGCACAAGGACGCCUUUGCUCCUUUCAGCAUGGGUCCAUACGGCUGUAUUGGAAAGAACCUGGCCUUUAUGGAGCUGCGAACGCUUACGACACGGUUGAUUCAGACAUUUGAUAUCAAGUUGGCGCCGAAUGAGGAUGGGUUCAGGUUGUUGAAUAAGACGAAGGAUCAUUUUACCGUUGAUCUGGGGGAUGUUGAAAUUGUGUUUACGCCGAGGGCUUGA